UGUAGUUGCUUUGGGAAGGUUUGAUAGACCAGUGAAUCCCAAAUCUGGCUGGUCAUUAGAUUUCACCUGGGAUGCUUUAGGAAAAUGCAGCUUCCGGGAUUCCACUCCCCGUCCUUCUGAAUUGAAAAAUUUAUGGCUGAAAACCACUGUAAUAAGAACACCUGAAAUUAGACACCUAAAAAGAAUAACUUCCGAGAUGAGUGUUACCUGGAACACUGAUGGCCAUUACCUCAGAGUGGCCAUUUUCUCUUUGACAUGGGAUAGAGCAGAAGAAAGCUUAAGAUUUUGAGUUUCCUGCCUCGUGCACUUUUCAGGAAUUGAACACAAUCCUGCUUUCGACUCUACACCUGAUGUCUCUUAAGGAUUCUGAGACCAUCCAUCUGUGACAGGUGCAUUCACUAAUCACUCAUUUUAUUAGGAAGGACUACCUUCCAGCUCUUCUUAUAAAACCUCUUCGGAGCAUACACUUGUCUGUAACUAGCGCUCUGAGCCGGAAGUGUAACGAUUAAGGCUUCCACAUGUACUUCAUUUGCUUACGUGGCCUGAAAUUCCCUAAGAAGAUGAAAACUUACAUCCCAGCCAGAAAGAAGUAUGGUUGGGCCAGCUCAGCCUUUGGGAUGAAGAGGAGGAAGAAGAAGGAGGCCUAUUUUGGUUACAUGGGGAAAAUCCUAAAGCAAACCCACCCAGACUUCAGUGGGUGUUCCUGGGUCUUAGAUGCACUGGGCUCUCUGGAGGAUUGGCGACUGGAAUGGGUUAGCCUGGAGGCGAUUAGGCUGUCCUUCUACAACCACAGAAGGGCCGUCACCAGCAGGGAGAUCCUUGAAGCAGUCAAGCAGAGAUCCUCUCGGAAGAGCUUUAGAAUCAAUGAAGUGGUUCUGAGUGGUCCUGUUGUUGAGAUGAUUGCACUUGUCAAAAAAAAUAAAACAUGUCAGUGGGCUGUGUUGGAAAACAAGGUCUCUGAGAACUGCCUGCUGCACCAGGAGUCUUGAUGAAUCCACCUGGACCCUGGGUCCUGGAUUUUUAGCCCCUGACUUAAUUUGUGGAAAAACAAAAUAAUAAUAAA